UUUUCAGAUUAAGUCAUGUUUUACAGCACUGAGAUCCUCAAUCGAAGAGGAGGCCGUUUUGCUCUGAUAUGGCUGGCAGCAACCAAAGGCCGAAAGCUAUCAAGACGAGAAGUAUGUGGUGUAGAUUUAGUAGAUACAUGCCAUGCUAUUUUAAAGUACCUCAGAGCGAAAACUGUCAGACAGCGCCUGUCCCUCUACUUAUCCACUCAGCUGAUGUAUGGUACCUUGGUUAUAUACCAGCGGCAGAGCUCAGUUUUAUUAGAUGAGGUAAACAGUCUUUUUAUUCAGUUCCGAAGCUUAAGGGUCGUUCACAAUCCUAUUGAACUUCAGUCAAUUCCAUUACGGGACAGAGUCACUAGAUCAGACAUUCUUACUGACAUGGAUUUGGGGUUUAGACAAUUUAAAGAUGUCAUGAUAGACAUUGAAGAAAUACCGACUGUGGUAAGUACCAACCAUUAUUCUGUUGUACUUGUGUUUGUAGUUCAGUGUGAAGUGUGGAGCAGAGAUAUUUCUUUUGAAAUGCCACUGCAAUCAGAUUAUACUGUAUCUAUCCAGAAAGAGCCAUCAACUCCAUCUCCGCCUAGUUUAACUUCAAAAUCUAAGCCUGGUAAUUUUUCUCUGUUUCCACAUUCUUGCACUUGA